UGUAUAUAUUUACAAUACACGUGGCAUAUUACACAUGACACAUUAUACAUCGAUACAUGACGCAAUGAGAAAUCGUUCAAGAUUAGUUUUUUUACUUGAUUUCGAUAACGUAAUAUGGUGCAAUAAAUAUAAAGUAGCAUAUGAUUCCAUGCUCCGUUCUGAACCUCUCGUUAUCGCGGUGUCUGUAUCAUAAAAUAAUAAUUUUAUGUAUUUUUUUAUUACAAGUGAAAUUAUUUGUGUUAUGUUCGGAUUGAUGAUACAUGAUUUUAUUAACGCGAAAACAUCAGUUAUUUAUUAAGAACGCUAUCUCAGCACAAGCAUACUUAUUAUGUCAGUCUAAGCAAUUCUGUUUUUCUUUUCAUAGAAGGAAUCUCUCCAGGUUGAUACGAAAAAAAACAAGAUUAGAUAAACAAGAUUAGAUUAUCAAUACUCAUAACUGUGCGUAUAGCUUGAUACACAGUUCUGAGCAGUAGCAUUCCAAGUCGAUCUUUUCGCUGUUUGCUAACACACUGAUUUUCAAGAUGAGUCGAAACAUAGAACUUCUGGAUGCAUCCAAGAUUAACAUCAAGUCAAGGACGUUGCACCAACCGCCUCUCGAUGAGUUAAUGAAUGUUCUAACAGAAGGAUUGAACGCAAACUUUGCGGAGGCUACCGUCGAGUUGGCCGAUUGCCCCAGCUUUGACACAUGGCCCUAUAAUUUUUAUCGAGAAGGCUUGUGUGGUAAUCCAAUUAUUUUGGAUGUUGGUGGCCCACCGUAUCUGCUACCAACUGUUCAGAGGGACAAGUUCUAUGAUGUUAAGUCGUUACUGCGGCAAUUAAAUUACAAUUAUAACUCUCUCGUUAUCGGCGCAGGAGCUGGACCAUGGCCGCAUACAGGCUCCAAUUGUGAGCUUAUUAUGAAGUUAAAUGUGGUGAACGAUGUGGUCUCACCAUCUUAUAGACUUGGUAUGGGAGUGGCGAAUGGGACGCAUUAUGCAUUUGUAAACAAGUCCACUGGAGGGUGCAUACUUGAGCGAAUAGUUCCCAACGAGGAUGAGACAACUUUUGCGUUAUUGGCCAAUCUGUACAUAUGCGAAGGCAAACCAGGGAAAGUUAUAAAAGUGCGUGCCAAGAAACGUACCGGCGAGCUAGACUUCAUAUCAUGCAUGCAGAAAGAGUUGGAAAAACGUUACGGAGACAAAAAACUAGUAGGUUUGGGUGGCAUGUUCGAAGUGAAAAAUGGAAAAGUGAAACAGCAUAUUAUGCCAGAUUUUUCGGAUACGCCGUUGACCAGCGAGGCCCAACUGAAUAAUUGGCUACGUUUCUACGAUAUGGAAACUCCUUUAAUAGCUGUCGGUACAUUUGUCAGUGCUGAAACAGAUUUAGAUCUCAGAGUUCAACAUUUCCAUAGUGCUUAUGAAGAGAAUAAUGUAGGUGGACAUUAUCACAUCGAUACAACGCCGGAUACUAUUGAGUACGAGGGUUACUUCAAUGUGGCAGCUACACUUUAUCGUGUCGAUCAGCCUCCUAAUAGUAUGCAAUUUGGAAAAGACUAAUUUUAUUAUAUUAUACUAAAACGAUUUGAAUAUUGUAAAACAAUUUUAUAUUAAUAAAAAUAAAAUAAAAACGAACAAU